GGCCGGGCCGGCCACCCGCGCACCACCGCCGCGCGGCCGGGACACAGCUUCCCGGCGAGGGGUCGCUUCCAGGAGGUGUUGGGCUUGACUCUUGGCUUCUCGCGACUUGGAACGAAAGUGGACAGAUUAUCCGGAAAGGGAAGCCACGGCUUCCUUUAGAAAAGGGGGUGAGAACAGUUUCUGAGCAAGAACUCAGUCAGGGAGGGACCCUAAGCCUCAUUCCCCAUCCCACCCCGCCUUUUUUUAAAGACAGGGUCUCCGGCAAGGUAGUUCAGACGGCCUUGAGCUCACUCUGUGGCCCAGGCUGGUCUUGAACUCACAGCGAUCCUCCUGCCUCAGCCUUCGGAAUGCAGAGACGCGCCGAGGUGUGCCAGCACACCUGGCCUGUUAAGUCUCUCUCCUAAGGCGAGCUAAAAAAUUAUGUUUGGUCGUCAUAAUUCUUUCUCAAGAGACAUAAAGAGCCCUGUGUUUUCACAGCUGUCCUGGCUUGGAAGAACAGUUAGGAGAUUGAAGAUUUAGCCGUGCAAGUGCGUGUAUUUCCUCCAUCAAGCACUUGAAAGCUGUGGCAGAGCCUGUAACUUCUGCUUUGAAAUCCUAGAGUCCUGGAAUUGCAAAAGCUGUUAGUUGCGAGACAUUUAUCUGGUGAGAGUAAAGGCAAGGUCAGUUAGAAUAAUUCAUUUUGAGAAAAGAAAUAUAAACAAAUACAGUGAGGAAAUCUUCUCCUUAGAGUUUUCCUUAAUGAAUAAGUUUUUCUUUGUGACUUUUUGCUUUCUGAUACCGUGGCCGAAGGUAUUUUAAAUUAUAACAUUGAUACGGGGAAAAUGCCACCCUCUAAGUACCUCUGCUAAAAUGCUGCUCUCGUUUUAAAGGCCUUGAAAGGACUGUUUCCAGGAUGUCGCUUCCUGAUUGUGGAUAUUAGUAAUCCUCACUGUUCAUAACUGAUGUCAGUAAAAUUAUGUUAGCCAUACCUUCUCAAACGUGAAGGAAAGUUAAGGAAGAAUACUGGCAGGUAAUUUAAAUAAUUUAUUAGAUGAUUCCUAAAAAUUAGGGCGUUCUGACUGAGUGUGGUGGUACAUGUCUGUCAUCUCAGCCCUCGGGCAGGAGGAUCACUGUGAGUUCCAGGCCAGCCUGGGCUACGCAGAGAGUUUGAGGCCACCUGAACUCCAUAGUGAGACCCUCUCUUAAAAAAAAAAAAAAAUACAAUGAAAAACUUUAAAAACACUUAAAAUGUGGGUAAUAUUGCACAAUUCUCUAUAAUAUAAAAAGUUAUUCUUUCUUGUCUUUUUUCUCAACUUCUCUUACCUGUGCUUUUAUUCCUUUUUUUUUUUGGUACUGAGGAUCGAACUUGAGACCUUGCGCUUAUGAGGCAGGCGGUGGAACCACUGAGCUAAAUCCCUGGCCGCUGCCUUUAUUCUUACAGUAACAGGGUUGAAUAUUUCCAUUUUAUUUUAUAACUGUUGUUCAAGUAUUUUGUAUUUUGAAGACCUAGAAAGUUCAGUCUAAAAGAUAAAAGCCAAUAAUAGUGCACUGUAAACAGAAUUCUGUUUAUAGCAAGGUCUGAUUGUAUACUGUGAUUACUUUUUCUCCUUUUGGUCCAAUGUCAUGUGUAGUUUUCCUUUUCUACUUAGAAUAAAAUGUUUCCAGCAGCACAGCCGGGUAAGUAUUUGCUUUUUUUCUUUCUCUCCCUUCUUCCUUUCUUCCUCCCUUCUUCCCUCUCUUCCCUCUCUUCUUCCUUUCCUCCUCCUUCCCUCUGUUCUCUACUUCUUUCCCUCCCCACCUGUCGUCUUCCCUUCCUCUCUAUGACCCCUCCCAUAAUUUACUCAAAAUUAUGCCACACUUCUGUUUGCUUAUAAUCCUUAGGGUGAAGCACCUUCAAAUGCCAGAAAACUGGGGAGAACUUAGUCCGGGUGCCCACAACAGCAGACCAAGUUCCCUCUUUCUCUGGAGGGCCCGUUCAGACCUUUUAAAGUGCAGUGAUCUUCAGUGCUUGCCCUGAGGUUCUGUCUCAGCUGCCGUGUGUGCACAGGAGUCAGGGGCAGGGGCGCCAGGACAACAGUCACCUUUGUCUUAACAGCAGCCUCUCCCCUCGUAGGCUCGCCUCCCCCCUUCUGCUGUGCAGGUCGCACCUUCAUCCUGCAGCUCGCUCUCUCUUUUUGGUACUGGGAAUUGAACUCAGGACCUUGAGAUUGUGAGGCAGAUGAGGUGCCACUGAGCUAAAUCCCCAGCCCGAAUCCUGCAACUCUCUUGCUUAUUCUAGGUUAGCAUUUUUUUCUGUCUUAGCCUUCUGUAUACUUCUGUGAAUUUUUAGUCUUCCGGAAAUUGUUGAAUCUCCUGUACAGAUUGCUCCCUUAACUGGGUUUCUUCCCCCUCCUCCCCUCCCCUCUUCCAACUCUCUUCUUCUUCCUCUUCUCCCCACUCCCUCCUUCCCUUGCUCUCUACCCUUUCCCCCUCCAGCCCCUCCCCUCCCCUCCCCUCCCCUCCACUUUCUUCUUUCUCCUUGGAGAUCAGGUCUCGAUAUAUUAUCCAGCAAUGGCUAUAUAGCCCAACCUGGCUUUGACCUUCUGCCUCAGCCUCCCAAAAGCCAGGAUUAAAGGUCUGUGCCAUUACACUUGGCUGGGUUUAUUCUUUUGCAUUCAUUUUAAAGGGCUCAUGGGAUGGACAAGACACUGUGUGUGUUGAGUCUGUUUCUGGGCAGCUGGAAGUAGCGUGCUCAUCCCCAGUGGAGUCCGACCUUAGGUGCAGUCUUCUAGACUGAGUGUCUUUGUGGUCUGUUAACUAUCACUUGGGCCCAUGAGACAAACUGUUCUCUCAGGCAGUUGAGACAGACUAUGUCUGAAUUUGGUGUAAUCAGUUUGGACUAACUAUAGGUCCACAUCUCUCAAUGGGAUUGUGAGGCAAAUGAAAACAUUUGAGUAGAAACCCUUUAGGUAAAUAAUUCAAGAAAUUUGAAGAGAUUGAACCUAGGAAAGAUCUGGUAGUUGGUACUCUGUGCAGCAUGGUGGCAGGAUCUGUAAUAACAUGUACAGUCUGAUUGAAUUUUACCUGAUAUGUAUUGGACAGUGGGAUUUAAUCCAUUGCAAGUUCCUUUUUUGGAAGAGUUUUAUUUUUUGGUGAUGACCUUUUCUUGAUUCUCACAAUGGAUAAAGGGGAUAUAUUUCUUAUUGGCUUAUGUACCUUGGACUCUGCAAUCCGGAGAAUAUACAGCUAUUUCCAGACUACCAUGACACACUUUUUACAUUUGUAAAAUUUCUAUCUCCUAAUCUUUUCUUCUGUGACAUUUUCUGUUAUUUUCAGGCCUUUCUAAAAUAAAGCAUUAACCAAUAUUGUCCACUUUUUGAAAAAGGAGAUGUUUUUAUAUUUGAUUCUUGGGUUUGGCUAAAGUUUAUGUUGCUGCUAAUGUGAGACAAAGAUCUACUCCUCCUUUCAACAAAAUGCCUGUCAUCUAUAUUGAACAAAACACCCUCUCUCCCUGGAAACUGACAUCACCUUUAUCAGUCUAAUAGUUUUAAGUAGUUUCUCACUGAUUCUCCUGAUAGAGAAAAGUUUUAAAGUAAGUUUAGUAGAUUAGCUAUUAAAGUAGUUGUGGAAGCAAAAUAGUGUAUCCCUUUAAAGCUUGCCUUAGCCCAUUGCUUUUGUUGUUUAAAGUGAAGGUUAUAUAGCUCCUUGUAUUUGUAGCUCCACUAUAGAUAACAUCUUAGCCCUGAAGAUCAAAGUGGCAAUCCCUGAACAAACCUGUGAUAUAUGUGCCAUAACAGUCAUGUGUUUAGGACUAUAAUCAGUGACAGAAACCACCUGUGUUUAACCAUUGAGCAGAAAUUGGAACUUUAUUUAACAAAGACCACUAGGUAGGAGAUAAUGACUAACAAAAGCAUAAAAGGUGACUAACAAAGAACGUGGUGCAUGGACACUAACCAGACCAGUUUCUGGAGGUCCUGCCUGCUUGCAAGUAAAACUUUUAUUAUUUUACCUGAAUUCUGUGUCUCCAUGCAUUUCUUUCCGUGAUUCUGGAACAUUUGGUUCGCUGACUGGGAAUUGGAAAUGAAAUAGCCCUUUUGGGCAUUGGCCCAAACCCCACCAGAGGGAGCAGCUCUCUGUCUCCUUGAAAGGAAAGGUGUGCCCCUGGGACUAAUUUCCUAGGCUCCCCAACAGGACACGGAGACCCGCUCACUGGUUGCGGAUUGCCUGAACCCGAGAUGGAGGAUGACAGAAGGAGGGCUGCUGCUGUUGGUGUCUCAUCUGUCUCUUUCCUUUGCUGGGCAUCAGCUUCCACUGUGAAGGAAUGCAGAGCUUCUGAAAGAACAGUCAUAGUUGCUGGUCUUCCUGUUGGCCUUUUCAGUGAUCAACAAUUGGCCACCUUGGUGAAGAAUUACUUCCAGGGUAUGAAGACUGAGGGUGGAGAAGUUGAAGAUGUGAUAUAUCCAACAAGGAUCAAGGGAGUUGCAUAUGUAAUGUUCAAAGAAAGAAAAGUUGCAAAGAGUGUCACCAGACAAAGGAAACACCAUCUAGCAGUGAAGGCUGGACAUGCUCAACUCACGGUCUCUCGCUUUAGCGAGAAGGUCUUCAACUCUGUAAAGGCUACCCUUGAUCUUUCUGUUUUUCGAAGUCGAAUUGUACUAGAAAGCUUGAUAAUGGACCUGAAAAAGAAAAUCCCGAAUUUAAGCUUCAGUUCUUUGGAACUCAGUGGAACAAUCACCGUGGAAGGAUCAUUUCUGGCUAUCAAGAAGCUCAGCGAGUCUUUGCUAUCAAAAGCAAGUUCUGUGUUAGAAAAAAGCACAAAUUUUAUCAGUGAAGGAAGAAAGUGGAGUAGACAAAGCUUCAAAAGGAGUCUGCAGAGAAGUGAUAACUUGGUGGAAACACUGCAGACCUCAGUUCCUGAGACCUCUAGGAGGGGAGAAGUGCUUGUGCUUGACACAGAUGUUUUCCUUUACCUGAAACAUAAGUGUGGAGUUUAUGAAACCAGACUCAACCAAUACCAUAUUCUAAGUCAGGAGAGGGUAGAUGGUGAAGUCACCACCAUUUGUCUGAAAAAUGCUCAAGUUGGUUCUCAGCCAAGCAAUGUACAACAUAUGAGAGAACUCAUCGAGGGAUUGUCCCAGGCUCUUUCCUUUGAGCUCAGAAAAGAGUCUUUCAUUUUUGGAGAAAAGAAAAAUAUCACAAAAAGAAAUAUUGAAUGGGCCUGUGAACAACUACAUUCAAGAUUCAGUAAGGUUCUGAUUAAUUUUUAUAGGACACACAUUGACAUUAUAGGAUCCUCUUCUGAUGUAUACCAAUUUAAAAAUGAAGUUAUGAAAUUAAUAGGGCAAAAGGUUAGUUAAUAAAAUCUCAGUCGUAGUAAUGAUA